AUGUCGAUUCUCGACACGACCCAACUGGAGAAGCUUUGGAAACUGCACGACCGCUACGAACUCGAAGGUCUCAUCGACCUAGCCAAGAAAGCGCCUCACAACAUCCGGAGUCUGAUAUGGGACAGACUCGACAGACAGCCCGUUGAUGAUUAUGUGACUGAAUUCGAGAUUCGAUGCGACAUUUUUGACCGAAUUAGGUGCAUGUCCCGCGGCGAGAUUAAUACAGCAUUAUUUGCAGUCCUUAUGGUGGCCCCGGUGCAUGUUUUAAAGUCGAGACUUGCUGCGUUGGAGGAUGAUCGCGGAAACCAGACUGAAGUCGAUGAGAUGCUUUCUCAAUGGCGAAUUGCGAGUUUAAAAGGCAUCCAAGCAUUUUGCAAGCGCCGAGAUGACAAUAGAUGCUGUUUCACUGGUAUGCCCGACUCACACGAGGCUUAUAUUUUCCCAUUACAUCUAUCAGAAAACACAACUAUGAUAACGGAUAUGCUCGAGAUAUUUUGGGACGCAGAUACAGUGACUCAACUUGUUCCGUUGAUUAGAGAUCGUAACGUUACAGAAUCUCCUCAAAAUCUAAUCUCCAUGAAUGGCCAACUUCAUACCUGGUUCGAGGGCUGUAAAAUGGCGCUUAAACCGAUAGAGGAGACAGAAAAGGGCGUUGUAGUCCAGUUUCACUGGCUUAACAACAGCGAGUACGAGCCGGAUUUGGACGUUUCCAAGGAUUAUAUCGAGACCUUGACGAGUAAAACUAAGACUCAGAAAGGCCCGUUUUGGGGCCAUGUGCUUGCUCAUCGAGCAAGCGGUUUGAGACUUGAUACAGGUCAGACUUUUGUAUUGCGGUCGGAAAACCCGGAUCAUAUGCCUAAUUUCCAGCUUCUCAAGAUCGAUGACGAGACUUGUUCAUCUGUUUCGGAAGAAAACAACUAUCCUGACGUGUUACGGUGGAGAGAAGAGGUUGGAUGUGGGAUCGAGAUUGAAGCUGAUGUCGAGAUGGAGACGGACGAAGAUGGACAGCCUGAUGAUGAUUCUGAGGGAUCCUCUUAG